CAUACUACACUAGCACAAAAAUUGCAAACAAACCAUAGCAGCAGUGCUGAAAGGGAAAGAGAGAAACUAAAGAGAGAGAGGGAGAGAGAUAUGAAAUAGAACGAAGAAGAAGAAGCUAGGUAAGGUGGGAGCAGAUGAUGGAAUAUGUCGGCCAUUUUUGUAUUUAUCUUCAACAUACAUCAACGUGGCGGCCGUGCCCAUACGACACACUAGCAGCCAAUCUCUAAAGCUAGAAGCCACAAGAGAAAAGCUAAGGGAACCAAACCCAUAUUAGCCGAGCUAGCUAGAGUUUUCGUUUUCUUGGGAUGGAAGGAGAGUACAGUUGUUCGUCAUCGUCUUCUUCCUCGACCACGAGCUUAGAGAAGCGCAAGAAGAGACAACAUGAGCACGAUGAUAACCAGGAAAAGCCCUACAGAGGAAUAAGGAUGAGAAAGUGGGGCAAGUGGGUGGCCGAGAUUAGAGAACCCAACAAGCGGUCCAGGAUUUGGCUUGGUUCGUACACAACUCCUGUCGCCGCCGCCAGAGCCUACGACACCGCCGUUUUCUACCUCCGAGGCCCUUCUGCGAGACUCAACUUCCCGGAGUUAGUUUUCCAAGAAGGCCAGCUGCACGACAUGUCGUCCGCUUCCAUACGCAAGAAGGCCACCGAGGUUGGGGCCAAAGUCGACGCUCUCCAAACUGCUCUCCGGUCGCCGUCGUCUCAGUCGAAAACUGGCUCCCAGAUUAAGCCUGAUUUGAACGAAUACCCGGACCCGGAAAACUCCGAUGACAACUGAUGAAACAGUUCCUAGGCACGAUGAUGAUGAGACUGAUCACCAACUGUCUAUAAUAUUAUUCUCUUUUCGUUGUUCUUUUCUUAAUUAUUGGUUUCUUCUUCUAUAUAUUUCUAGCCAUAUUUCUAUAUAUCUCAGUUGAUGAUAAACAUAUAGCUACCCUACUUGUGCAAUAAGUGAGAGAUAGAUAGAUAAACAUAGAAUGAGAUAUUAUUGGAGUCUGAGAAAACAGAAUCAAAAGAGUUGAUUCUGUUUUGAUUGGUAUAGUAUAGUUUUGGUUUUUCAUCAUGAAACUGUAACAGUUUGAAGAGCUAGCAAUAGUUAGUUAUUGGGUCAUCAAUGAAUUCAUUCCAAUCUUUUUAGUUGCUUGUAUGGUUUUGGUGGAUGGAGGUGGCGGAUCAUUCUCUGCGGUUGGUAUCGAUUCUGGACCCGAGUUUGAGCAAAAGAACAAAACGGGAAAGGAACAGCGGUGGCCUACCUCAUGGUAUUUGGUUACAGACAAGCUAUAUCAUUUCAAUUUGAUUUUGAUAAGGAAGUUGCCAAACAAGAGCGAGUAGAUAAGGAGAUAAGGGAGGAGGCAGAGGCAGCAAAGAAGCGGUAACAACGAUGAUGUUCCUGUGGUGAAAGUAUGAGGUAGCUAGGAAGAAGAUGGUCCUCAAUCAGAGAGGUUAUGUCGCUCUCAUGCACCAUUUACAUAGUUUCAUGAUAGGACUCAUAGUAUGGUAGUGAAAGCUUCGUCAUGGACGGUGGAGGCUUUUCUAUUUUCCUUUUUCCUUUUUAAUAACUACUUAAUUACUAUUAUAGUUCUUUAUUAUGUAUGAGCAUGACUAUGAGGAAUGAGAGAGCUGAGGCUUGGCCUGUGAUCUGUAUGGGGACCAAAAUGAGUUUUUAUUAUGUAUAAGGAUGGUGAUUCCUUUUCUUU